UGACUAGCACCAACUUCGCUUCAAAGGACGUUCGGCGUGUACUUCAGCCUCCUCCUUCUCCAGUCACUCCUUCUAGUUCAUUGUCUACAGCCAUAUCACCAUUAUCGUCAACCUCAUUCCAAGAUACCCCAGCGCAGUACGAUCCUAUAAAUCCACGAAACUCCAGUCCAGGGCUUGAGUAUGUCGACCGCUUUGACAACUUUGACAAUGAUUCCAAUGAUGGUGGCGGGCCUGUGAUUGUACCGACGCAGUCUGACCAUCAAGUCAAUUACGGAUACGAUGAACUGCCUGUCAAUGUCCAAGCUGAUUUCAUGACAGACUUUAUCCAAGGUAAGGUGGUCGCGAAGCCAACCCCGAUAGUGAACUCAAUUUUCCUUCCUCUUCUGCGAGCGCUUCUCUAAUCCCGGGCAUUUUUAGGACGUAGAUGACUCCGCGUACUUCCCAGUCAAAUCUACUUUCAUUAAUCACCAGAAAUUUGCAGUCAACAACUAUUACAUGGUACAAUUGAAGAGUUGCGACAAUACUGUCCACGAAUCAAUUGUCUACGUUCACUCCAUACGAUACCCCCAAGAUCCCCUAGACGAAGCCUCGAAUGUCGCGGUCCUUCAUCUAUCUCAAUACAUCCACUGGACUCUUGUACAUCCAGAUGCGCCUGGCAAUGGGCUGUUACUCCUAUUCUCACAGGCUGAGCUCAUGGGAACCAUCCACGACUCAGAAACCUUCAGUGCGAACGCAAUCGUCAAGGUUCACCAGUGCGUGCAGGUCACACAUACGCUGGAAUCCGAUGUUACUGGCGACACUCACCGUUUCGUUUGUAACUGGUCUCUUCGACGCACCGCGUCAUGUAAACCAAGGACUAUCGAGAGCUUUGUCGCAGCUCCCGAGCACCUUCAUGCUCCUAAUCCACCGCUGAAGAAAAGUACCCCGCGCCGAAUAGAUUCUCUAAGUUUCGGAGAUCCGUAUUGUGGAGCGGGAGGUGCAUCUUGUGGUUUCAAGGAUGCUGGCUUUAUCCCACAGUUUGGUGUCGAGGCAAGCUACGCUGCAGGGGGAGCUUUUCGGAGUAAUUGCUCUACUGCUAUCCUGUACAACGAAUCCUUCGAUACGUUCUUGCGGUAUCCGUGUUCAAAGAAUCCGUUACAGACCGCAGUGAUAUCUGUUUCUCCUCCCAUUGAUGUGUCUGCAGUUGAUGAGCAUCCGAUUAUACAAGUUAUCAAUACGUUCAAACCUGCCUAUACUGUAUACAACUGCACCGUGGACCAGCUAUCUACGAAUAAUAUCGGCAAUUUGAGGAAGCUACAGUAUCAAAUAUUGAAGCUCGGAUAUGGUUUCACUUACGGCGUGCUGAAAGCAACAGAUUUCGGAGUCCCCACCGUGAGGAAUAGAUUGGUUCUCAUUGCCGCAGCUCCCGCUCAGCCUAUGCCGGAGCUUCCGUCGCCUACUCACGGCGAAACUGGUCAGCCAUCAACACGGACUCUUCAAAAUGCUAUCAGCGGCCUCGACUGGAAGAACACUACCUGUAAACCUACCGGCCCAGACCUUCAGAGCGUAGUUUCCCAUCCGGUAGACAGUUUCCAGCCUGUGUCCCGACACUGUACUGGCUGUGUCAUCUCCGAUUUCACAAAAUGGGAUGACUCACGUACGAUCGCAGAUUGGAACGAGCCUCUGCCUGCCUUACUAACCGUGCCAUCCGAAAAGUGGAAAUGCCGGCACCCAAACAAUCCACAGCGUUUUCUUUCCGUUCGAGAAACGGCACGAGCCUUGUCGUUCCCUGUAGGCACUUUCUGUCAUAUUUCUGAUUGGUGUUAACGUUAAUUUACGUUAAUGUGUCGAUAGGACUCAUGGGAUUUCAGCGGGUCCCUUAAGGAUCAGUAUAACCAAGUCGCAAAUGCUCCACCUCCACUUGUAGCCAAAGCCAUAGCAGAGGAGAUAAGAACAGCAAUAUUCAAGUC